AUGGCUUACUCACAGAUAUCUCAAUCCCAGGACUCCUGUAUUGAUUCAGAUAUAGGUCUGAAUUUCACCUCCGACCCUUCCUAUCCAGAUAAUAUUUCCGACUUUAUCGGCAGCCAAACCCCAUUGACAUCUUUUUCGCAAACCCAAACUCCAGUUGCACCAACAUCUCUUAUCCGUCUUGGUCCUUAUCUACAAAAGCACUGGAUCCCAUAUCCUUCUGACUCUAGCUACGGCAAUAUGGAAGAAACUCGAAAGAAGUUUGUAGACUGGUGGCUUACUACUGAGUUCGGAUCGCAACCUCAGACAAGAAAAGAAAUUCACUGGGAAGGAAAAGCAACUUCCGAUGUCUGGGAUAGCUUCCAACAAGUUGCACACGAGAAAAGUGGGAAGCCUAGGGUAAUGUGUAAAUCAUGUCUCUGUACCAUCGGUCAUCCACGCUUCCGUCGAGCAGGGUCAUCACCUAUGAAUGCGCAUCUAAAGACAAGUACUUGUCCCCGAAAACCGACCCCAAAGAAAGGUAUUGAUCAACUUGUAAAGGAAAUGCCUAGUGGCCCAGCAAAACAAUCCUUUUCCCAAGAUCAACUCUCGAAGGCUAUACUUAGCUUUAUCACUACUGCCCAUCUACCCUUUCGUUUAAUUGAACAUCCCCAGUUCCGCAAUUUAGUCGACAUUAUUCAACAAGCUUCAACCAAGAUUACUGUUCCAUCUGCACGGACAAUUCGACGUUGCCUAGACUUGGUUGUCUCCGAGAAUCAGAAACAGACCCUUGCAAAGCUACCUAAUGGAAGCCGUUUGUCAAUUGCACUCGAUUGCUGGACAUCACCAUUCCAGCAGGCAUUUAUAGCUGUUACCGGAUAUUUUCUUGAUCAAAAAUGGAACUACUGUGAGGUUCUGCUUGGAUUCGAGCAUCUUCAUGGAUCCCACACCGGAGAGAAUCUCAGUAAAACUGUCACUCAGCUACUUGCCGAUCAUGGGAUCUCCGACCGGGUACUGUCAGUCACAACUGACAAUGCAACAAAUAACAAUACAUUGAUGACUGGUGUCCAAGAUACUCUCCAAGCACAGUGCAGCCGACGGUCUGAUCCUUUAAUCUUCCGGGUCCCAUGUAUUGUACAUGUGAUCCAGCUUAGCUUAACAGAGCUUCUUGGAAAGCUUAAGGCAGCCCCGUCCAAUAAACAGAUUGAUUUGGAGUGGUCGGAUGAAAGAACACAAUCCUUUCAGAGCAAACGAUCCAGCAAUCAUGUUCAGAUCACCGAGACUCUAAGAAAGAUUCGAGGUCUUGCGGUUUUUAUUAAUGCAAGUCCUCGGCGUCGGGAGGCAUUUAUGGCCUUACAGACUACAGACACUCCUUUGAUUCCUAUCCAAGAUGUUCAAACCCGGUGGAAUUCAACCUUCCUGAUGCUUAACCGUGCUAAGCGACUACAACGAUUCUACGAUCAGUACUGUAUAGACCAUCAGUAUCUUCAUUUCAAGCUUGAUCAGGAAGAAUGGCGACAGGUGGACUAUCUUCUUCUCCUCACAAAACCCUUUUUCGACUUUACAACUGCACUGUCACAGACUAAAGAUAUCACUGUACACAAUAUCUUUAGUAUUUACAACAAACUCUUCUCCCAUCUCGAUACAGCAGAGUCAAAGCUGAAAAAUAAAGGUGUUAUCUGGAAAAGGCAUAUGCUCCAGGCUCUACAGACCGCCAAAACCAAACUGUCAAAGUACUACACUGCUACCGAUUACGAGCCAUACGGGGAUAUCUACGCAUUUGCUACAAUUCUUUGCCCAUCCAAAAAACUCCGGUACUUCUCUUCCUCUGAUUGGCAAGGGGAUAUUGACUAUGUUAAACACUACCAUGAAGUUUUAAAACAAGGGUUCGACCGGUAUAAGGCUAGACUCUAUGAGGGUCUUGAGAGUACUGCUUUGGAGGAUCCAUCCGGAGAGUCUGCUGAUGAUAGUGACUACGAUUUGGAUGCUAUCUGUGCCUCUCAGAAUCAAAUACCUGAAGAAACAAUACUGCCCUAG